GUUUUGUGAAGAUUAUAAGCUGAAAAAAGAAUGUAAGUCCUCACACUUACUAUUCAUUUUCAAUACUGAAUAUUUUUGUUUCGAUAUUUCAUUCUUAAAACAUAGUAAAAGUUCACAACGAAACUCGUAUCUGAUGAGCAGUCAUGUGAGCCACCUUCAUCAUCAUAUGAAUAACUGUAUGCAGUGGGACAAUUGCGAUGAACAAGAUUCACAUAAUCUGUUUGUACAACGAUUCCGCGUCUACAUUCCUGAACUGAAACUGGACUGGGACAACAAAGUAAACGUCCAUCACCUUCUUGCUCGUUACGGCCUUUUCCAAAUGGUGCUGGAUAGUUCCAUUUUUUGCAUGGCGAUAAGCAGGCUACAGGAUUAUUACUUCUUCCUUUUACAGUUAAAUCGCCUAAGCCACUUCGUUCAUUGUGUGGGCACUGAUUCACUGAUAAUCGACAAUCAGUUCGUACACAUGUUCCGCUUUGAAAUUGAAUAAUUUCACUCGCCAAUGAAUAGCCGUCGACCUUAAAAAAAUGGCUAAAAUAAGCAAUCGAAACAAAACAGGUAAAAUUCAACAAACCAAACUGAUGUCAUAAAACGAUCGAUCGGCACUAUUUUCUGAUGGGAAAAAAAAUUCCACUUUGGUAUCAGCGGGUGGAUGACAACCUUGUGCGGGACAUGGUGGAAUCGAUUGGCCAAAUUCACAAUUUGCACCACUAUUGUUGCAGUUAAACUUUGGCCAAAGUCUUCCAGCCCAUCCAUUAACGCUUAUCUCAUAUUUAAUUCGACCGCCAGGAUUGAUUCUAACUAUCUCGUUUGAUAAUUUGGGUCCAUUGGCAUUGGCCAACGUUUCAAUCCAAAUGGGAAAAAUGUUUCGAUUUCCAACUUCAAUGAAACGUCUCAAUUCAACAAUAUGCACUGAAGAACAAAGAACUAUCAACACCAAGUAAAAUAACAUUUUAUAUGUUUAGUCUUUAAAUUCUACUUUUUGACUGAAUCGAAUUUUUAUCGAUAAAAGCUUAUUAAUAUUUAUGAGUCUGACCGGUUCGCACUUGAUUGUUGACGAAAAUAAGUGUGAUGCGUAUGAAUAAAAUAGCGUCUACAUUGUUUUUGCAUCUUCAAAAAAAUUGUCCAAUCAGAUGAAAUACACUUUAAGUGAAUGAGUAAAACGGUGGAAUUCGUUACAAAUAAUUGAAGUAAUCCAAGAUCUCAGAUCUGUUGUGUUCAAAAUGAUCUUGUGUUAAGCGGGAUAUUAUUCAUCUUCAUCCUCCAUCAUUAUGUGUAAUCAUAAAUCGGUAAACUAAGUUGACACAUUGAAAUUUUCUUAGCAAGUGCAAUAAAUCGCUUGCAGACAUUUACUACUGUAGAAGAUUCAUCGGAGAUAAGAAAAAGCAAUUAAACUCUGUACUUUAAAGUCAUUAUCGAUAACAACGAAAAAGCAUUGAUGGAAAAAAAAGUCAACAGAUCAAUUAAGUAAACAAAAGUGAAAACUUAAAAGACAAAAAAAUACUUUCAAAACCUUUAUUUGGCGACAUACAAAAUAUGUAAACAAACGGCUUUGUACUUGACGUUUUUAGCACAUAAAAUGAAGCGGCAAUAAUGAGCAUAUGAUUACAGCGUGAAUACCCUAGUUUUCAUGUUUUUGUUUCUCUAUCUCGGUGUCUGUUUGUACGUACAUUAUCUCUUAUAUGAUAUGAUUCCGGUCACCAAAAAUGGUACCACACAAAAAUCGAAAAUCAACGGCAAAAAGCACUCAACCAACAAGAGAUUUCACCAGCAAUUUCAUAUGCAAGCAUUUAUUAUUUUGUUUGAAACCGAAAUAACAACAGAAUUCAUCUCGACACCGAAAAAUUGCGUUCGAACUGCUUUAAAAAAUGUUGUGCUAUUUUCAGUAAUUGCGAGCAUUUCAAAAGUGUCGCAUGGAAUUGUUAUGUCAGAAUAAACGAAAACUUUCGUUUUUAAAUGUAUUUUCACUGAUUUUUUUUAAAUAUGCAUCGUGACGUGAUUCUUGUUGUUGUUGUUGUUGUUUUUUGUGCUGGUGCUUCUUCGACAAAUAUCUCGAAAUAUGAGCAAUUGCCAAGUGAAAUUUGGCAUCGUUUUGAAAAAUCUCUUCAAAACAAUUACGAUUCGGAUGUAUUGAAUGCGAUACAUGCACUGAAUAUGACUAUACAAAAAUUCCAUGAAUUUCAAAGGCGAAGUGAAUAUGUUGAGAGUCGAGAUGCCAUGAUAAAUAGUAGGAUUGGUGUUUUCUUAUUCACCCGUUAUUGUGGACCAGGCGCACGGAUAUUUAAUCGUAUUUUUAAAACGGACGAACGAACUUACACAAACAUUGACAAUUGUUGUCGGAUGCAUGAUGAAUGCCCUGAAUAUGUAUUGCAACCACAUGAUUAUCAACAGUAUCCUGGGCUAGAUGUUCGGCCACAAUUUUUCUCACGUUUGAAAUGUAGUUGUGAUGCUGAAUUCUAUCAAUGUCUUGAAAACAUAGAGACAACAUAUGCAUUAACAAUCGGAAUUGGAUAUGGAAUAUUUCAACGAUAUUGCUUUGAAUAUGAACAUCCGAUCAUGAGAUGUUCGGAGUAUUACAUAGGCUUUGGCUUGAGACGUUGCAUGGCCUACGAAAUUAAUUAUAGUGCCCCAAAAAAGUGGCAGUGGUUUGACGUACUGCCUCCAUAUCUCGAAAUAUAUAACUUUCCUCAAUUCAUUCAAAGUGCAAUUUCAUUAAAUUGAUUGGAAAUUGUUGUUUUCAUACAAACUCCACCGGAUGAUUAUUUUAUAAUUUAAAGUUAAAAGAGUUGAUUAAAAAGCGAUAAAUUUUUAUUUAUUUAAAAUAAAAACGAGCUAAAAUAAUGUUUAAUUUAAUUGAAUUUAUCAAAGUAUCUGAAUCUUGUUAGGAUAGAU